ACAUUCCACCAACGGUCCCACUAACGUGUUCUCUCCCAUUUCGUGACGUGUCUGCGGUGAAUUUAUUAUAAAUCGCCUUUAUCCUUAAAUUACCGGACAUAUAGCCCAAAUAAAAGCAACAUGGUGGAGCUGACUAGCGUAAUAUCCAAGUUCUACAACGACUACGUGCAGAACACGCCCAAGAAGCUGAAGCUGGUGGACAUCUACCUGGGCUACAUUCUGCUGACCGGCAUCAUCCAGUUUGUUUACUGCUGCCUGGUGGGCACCUUCCCUUUCAACUCAUUCCUGUCGGGCUUCAUCAGCACCGUCAGCUGCUUCGUCCUGGCGGUCUGCCUCCGUCUACAGGCCAAUCCCCAAAACAAAACCGUCUUUGCCGGCAUUUCGCCGGAGCGUGGAUUUGCCGACUUUAUCUUCGCCCAUGUGAUCCUGCACCUGGUGGUGAUGAACUUCAUCGGUUAACAAAGCUAUGUACUGUGCGACUCGGAUAUAUUUAUAAUAAAAUGUAACUCUAAUAGUA